AUGCAUGUCGGUGACGAUACUGACAAGAUCCUUGGACAAGACGUGCUAGAGCUCGUAGUCAAAAUAAUCUGUCCCCAGCCAACAAUUGAUCCAGACUACGGCAGCGUCUCCAUUUCAUUGAACACCUAUCGUUCAGUUCGCCAGUACUCCUGUGGGGCUGGAUAUUUGCUGAAUGGCAGUACGGACACCGUUUGCAUGGCCAACGCUCAAUGGUCUGGAAGUACACCCACAUGCCAAGAGUUGCCCAGAUGCAAGAUUCCACAUGUCAGCAAUGCUGUCGUGUCAGAUGGCACAAAUUGGGAGAACAGCGUCCGCAACAUCUCAUGUAAUGAAGGGUUUGAGUUGGCAGGCAACUCGGUAGUUGUCUGCCUAGCAAGUGGGUUCUGGUCUAGCAUACCCAUUUGCAACCGAAUUGUGGUGUGCAAAGACCCGCUGGUCGCCAAUGGAAACGUGUCGCAAGGACAGAACAACGUUGGCAGCUCAAGAAGAGUGAUGUGCAAUGCUCCCUUUGAGUUACAAAGUGAUAAGACGAUCGUGUGCACGUCCGAUGGCACUUGGUCAAGCAAUCCUAUGUGUAAUGCGACAGUAGCUACAUCAGCGCCAUCGUUUUUCAGCCAGAGUGCCAGUAUACCUUUGAUAACCCUCAUCGGUGGCCUGGGCGUCCUGUUUGCCAUCGCAGUUACCACAACCAUCCUGAAGCGUAGACGCUCGUCUGCUGUGGCUAUCACCUUAGAUCACAAGCACGCUGGCAAGCGCGCUGGCAAGAAAACCCGAAGCAUGUCUCAUUCGGAUUUGUUCAAGCGAGCUACUUCACUGGACUUAUACGGCCAGCAAGGGCGCAAGUCAAGCUCUGCACCGAUUGAUGCUAACAAAGACGAGUAUUCAACUCCGAUAGACGGCCAUGCGAUCGAUACCUUCAAGGGCAAUGGUAAUGCACCUUCAGAACUCACGUCUAAAGCAUCCUGCUCCCCUCCGGCAGAGGAAUAUGACCUGUACGCCAGUUUGAGCAAAGGGCCCACUCCAGUACCCGAGAUCAACACGGAAGCCAGCUACUCGUGCACAGUAGGUGACUUACAGGGACAAGAUGAGUACUCUGCCCCGAUAGAUGGCAAUGCCCCGGAAAAACACACUUCGAAAGCAAGUUCCUCCCAACCGCCGGAGGAAUAUGACCUGUACGCCAGUCUUAGCAAAGGGCCCACUCCAGGGCCUGAGAAUGACACGGAUGCCAACUACUCAUGUGCAGCAGGUGGCCUACAGGGACAUGCCACUAGUCUCACUUUGCCAACCUUCCUUAGGCCCUCUACUUCCCCUGAUCUGUAUGAAACUCUCACACGAGAUGAGAGCCCAGCGCCUGACAGCGAUAUGUAUAGCACAUAUUCAGUGUCAUCCGGUAUGGUGAUAUCGGCCGGACCCAAGCGCACUGAUGACGCAUCCACGGAAGCCAAAAUCCAACCUUCACCCCAGCCAACAAAAGAGAUGGAAUUGUACGCUACUCCGAGAAAGGAGCACAGCCUAAUGCCUGAGAACGAAGGUAACAAGGAUAUAUGCUCAUCUCCUUUAUACGCUCGUGCAGGCAGUGAGGCCAGGGGGCCUCGCCCGGAAUCCUCGGAUUACAUUGGCCCGGUCUCGCCCAACCCAAAUCUCGACUUGUACGCAACUCCCAACAAAGAACAGAGCCGUGUGGUUGGGGGCAGUCAGAACACCAUCUACUCGUCUCCCAUGCCGGUGACGGCGGAUAAUGCUCACACAAGCAGUGACGGUGUACACACUGGACCCACUGGUUAACUUUCAUACUUUGAUACCUCUGAUAUUUUUGUGCAACUUGAAACUUUGGAAAUCUUGAAUGCUUGAUCGACAUGUAUAUUUAGGUGGAGUAGGAUGGGAUUUUGCAGUAAUAA